AUGACUGCCUCUGGUGUGACAGUAGCUGAUGCAUGCAAGACAACCUUUGAGGAGAUCAAGAAAGACAAGAAACAUAGAUAUGUGAUUUACUACAUCAAGGAUGAGAAGCAGAUAGAUGUUGAAACCAUUGGUGAGAGGAAUGCCAGUUAUGAAGAUUUUCUGAAUGAUCUCCAGAAGAGUGGGUCAGGAGAAUGUAGAUAUGGAGUGUAUGACUUUGAAUACACCCAUCAGUGUCAAGGAACAUCAGAAGCUUCAAAGAGGCAGAAACUGUUCCUCAUGUCCUGGUGUCCAGAUACUGCCAAAAUCAAAAAGAAGAUGCUCUACUCAUCUAGCUUUGAUGCCCUGAAGAAGUCCCUUGUGGGGGUUCACAAAUACAUCCAGGCUACAGACUUGUCAGAGGCAUCAGAGCAAGCAGUUGAAGAGAAGUUGCGAGCAACUGAUCGCCAAUAAGGUUCUUCCCUUAUUUCUGUUUCUCUUGCUAUUCAUCAUAUUUAAAGGACUGUGCUGGGAAACAAGGCUAACAUGGGGAAGAACAAGUGAAAUGUGCUCCUGCUAUUCCUCAAAGUGGAAAGUCAGCAUGUGCAUUCAUCUGCAACUGCCUUCCCAGCAAAGACAUUCUUCACUUUUUUUCUCUUCAUUUUGUGUUUUCUCCCUUUACUCCAUGAGUGUGCUUGUAUACUUUAGCCAGGCCCUCAGUUUUUUUGUGUAAAGUAGCCCAGUGUCAUUCAUGUUGCUAUGAAAUUUGUGAUCUAUUUCAGCCAAAAAAGGGAGGAUUAUAGAGGUCAUAGUUCCCCUUUGUUUUCAGUCACUUGUAGGAAGCUGAGCACCGAUGAGGAAUGCUCUAGCACAACAACUAACAAAUUGUGCUGGUAGUCUUACAUAAAAUCAUAGUGGAAUGGCAUUAAUUCUUCAGUUGCCUCAAGCCCUUCAAAAUGGACAGGCUUGCUGAUGGAAGAGGAUGAAGAAUACUUGUUUGAGGUGAAAAAUGAAUUAUUGAGUCUCUUGAGUUACUGUCAACUGCACAACAGACUGAAUUUUCAAAUGACAGCAGAUCACCUUCCCAAAAUGGGUUACUUUCCAGACUCCUUUUAGCUGAACUUAGGCAAAAACAGCUCUCUUUGGUCUUUGUGGGUAGGGAACCAAGUUUGCUUUCCUUGUAAAUGAGGUCAUUUGGUUUGGUAGGCUAGGUGGGAAUGGAAUCUCUGGGAAGUAUUGGUGCUAGGCCAGCUUUUUAAAAUGAUCUUGCACCUAUACUUCAAAAGUAGCAUUACAUUUAUAUGAAGUUUCAAGAAUAUGCAUCAACUGUACUGGUGCUCAACUUCCUACUAUCCUCUUGGCCAUUCUUGUAUUUCUGUUUUUGCAUAUUUAUUUCAAGACAUCUCAUUUCACUUGAACCCAAAGGAAGAUUCUCUUUUCCUCAUGUAUGGAGGUGAUAAUUGCAAAAGGGUUUUGAGGCAACACUAUGUUAAUAAAACGGCCUUUAACAAACAUGAAUCGGACCUUCCUGCUGUGGUGCUCCUUCCAGUGACAUGAAUGCCUUCCCAUGGCUUGGAUUGAUUUCAUUUUAUGUCAUGUACCAGUUGCACACUUUAUUAAACUUUGAGGUGAUUAGUGGCUCAUGGCACAAUCAUCCCCUUGGGGCCAUAUAUGCUUGAAGUUGAGAAUUUAUCCAAUAUUCAACCUGGACAAUUUUUUUUUUUACAGGAUUCCCUCACAAAUGGCUAGCCAUAAUAACUUGUUUCUCUCCCUUCAUCCAAUGUCUACUGGUGCCUUCUUUCUCCCCAUUCAGAUGAAUUUCGUGUGUUACCAGUGUGAGGAAUCUUGCUUGGAUGGUGUCGACUUUUGCUCAGAGGGUGACGAGACCUGACGCAAUGUUACGUACUGUCUGUCUCUUUUUUACCCAAUCUCUCAGCAUAGUAUCAAUCAGGUGGACUUAUCAGUCUAUUCUUAUUGUGGAAAAUAUUAGUGCGUCUUCCUUGAACCACAACCUAGCCAUCUUUCUAGCUGGCACUGUUAUCAGCCAUGCUAUGCUUUUCCAGUGAUUAAAGCCACACCUUCCCCAUGCUGUUUUGUAUACGGUAAUGAGAAAUGCAGCAUUAAAUAAGGAUUUGUUUCCUCUA